GCAGUAGAACGCGCACGUCAUCCCAGCCCCAUCCUGUGAGGGGAGGGCGAGGCUUGCCCCAGGGAGCUAGAAAAAUCAAGAAACCUGUUGGUAUCUUUCCGUCAAGGCUCUUUCUCCCGUCUUCGCCUCCACUUCCUGUGUUGUAGGUCCCCCUCCCCUGGCCUCAGCUUCCCCGCGCAUUCAAUAGGAGGAACCCCGGGACUUCUUUGGGGGCGGAGAAGGGGGGGCGUUGCUUCCAAAGGAGACCCUCUUGUCACCGCACCCCUCCCGGGCGGCGAUCGCCGGGAGGGCCCUCGCAGGCCAGUGGUCGGGCGGCGGUCCGGCGGUGUCGCUGUCACAGUCAGGGGAGAAGGCAAGGACUCAGUCUGAGGUCCCCGCCUGGCCUCGGGCGGCGCUGCCGCGGCCUCGCCAAACGCCGGCCCUGGCGCAGUGAGCCGCGCGCCCGGGCGCAGCGGUGCCCACACUGGGGGCCGGGCGGCGGCGGUGGGGGCGGCUCCAUGCGGCACACGUGUGGUGACGCGAUCGCGGGCCAGGUGAGCCGGAGCCAUGGGGCAGGCGGGCUGCAAGGGGCUCUACCAGUCGCUCUUCGACUACAAGACCGAGAAGUACGUCAUCGCCAAGAACAAGAAGGUGGGCCUGCUCUACCGGCUGCUGCAGGUCUCCAUCCUGACCUACCUGGUGGUUUGGGUGUUCCUGGUGAAGAAGUGUUACCAAGACGUGGACACAUCCCUGCAGAGCAGCAUCAUCACCAAAGUCAAGGGUGUGACCUUCACCAACACCUCAGAGCUUGGGGAGCGGCUCUGGGAUGUUGCCGACUAUGUCAUCCCACCCCAGGGAGAGAAUGUCUUCUUCGUAAUCACCAACCUGGUCGUGACCCCCAACCAGCGGCAGGAAACCUGUGCCGAGAGUGGAAACAUUCCUGACGCCUUGUGCUAUGAGGACAGCGACUGCCCUCCUGGGGAGCCUGUGGUGGCUGGAAAUGGAGUGAGGACUGGCCGCUGCCUGCGGUCGGGGAGUGAGCAAAAGGGCACCUGUGAGAUCUUCGCCUGGUGCCCAGUGGAGACAAAGUCCAGGCCAGGGAAGCCACUCCUGGGCGAAGCUGAAGACUUCACCGUUUACAUAAAGAACUUCAUUCGUUUCCCCAAAUUCAACUUCUCCAAGACAAAUGUGCUGGACACCACAGACAGAGCUUUCCUGAAGUCCUGUAAAUUUGGCCCCAAGGACCCCUACUGCCCCAUCUUCCGACUUGGGUCUGUGGUCAGCUGGACGGGGAGCAGCUUCCAGGAGAUAGCUGUGCAGGGUGGUGUGAUAGGAAUUCAGAUUGAAUGGGACUGUGAUCUUGAUAGAGCUCCCUCUGAAUGCUACCCUCGCUAUUAUUUUAACCGUCUAGACAACAGAUUUUCAGAAAACUCUCCUUCUUCCGGGUACAACUUCAGGUUUGCCAAGUAUUACCGAGACGCAGCUGGGGUGGAGUUCCGCACGCUGUUUAAAGCCUACGGGAUCCGCUUUGAUGUGAUGGUGAACGGCAAGGCAGGGAAGUUCAACAUCAUCCCCACAGUAAUCAACGUGGGCUCAGGGGUGGCGCUCAUGGGUGUGGGGUCUUUCUUCUGCGACCUGGUACUCAUCUACUUCAUCAAAAAGAGCCACUUUUACCGAGACAAGAAAUAUGAGGAAGUGAGGUCUGGCCACCAGGGGAAUGGAAAGGUGAAUGUGGAGCAGCUGCAGAACCUGCAGACCGUGGAGGCAUAGCCAGAGCUGUUGGCUGACAGCAGAUUUGGUGAAGAUUUGAGGGCAGAACUGCCCACAGCUCUGAACCAGGAAGAGUCAUCGUCAUCCACAUGGGACGGGGCUUCCAGGCACAGCCAUCUCUCCUGCACUUUGGGAUCCUACUACAUGCUUUUUGUUGUGUGUGGGGGGAGGGGAGCCUCCCAGUGGCCACAGUGGCUCAUGCAGAAGAGGCCCUGGGGAGAGGACGGGUGGAGGGUAGGCCAGGGACCUAGAGUGUUUUCAUUUUUCCCGAGAACUUAGUAGGGCAUUCAGUUACUCAUUCAUUCACACAGCAAACACUGAUGCCUGCUGCGGGCUGGGCCCUGUCCAGAAGAUGCUUGAAUGAGACACUGACCUGGCCCCCAGGGAGGGGGAUGUAAUUCCCUUCAGAGCCGACAGACAUGACAGCUGGGCCCAGCACUCCUGCCUUCCUCCAGCCUCUAGCUGAGACCUGCACAAAUCCCUAGAGCGGAUGAUGGCUCCUCAGAGGACGACCUUGGCCAACACCCAAGGGGACCUUUGGCUUUGCCCCCAAGGGUGAAAUUUAAAGGUGGCCAAGGAAGCAACUGGGAAAGGACUGGACCUGUGAGGAGGCAGCUGGCCAUGAGGAAGGAGAGCCUCGGGAAGCUCAGGGAUAGCGUCUCACCCAGAUGAGAGACACAUCUGCCUGUGUGAUUUGGCUCUUGCUGUCCUGUGGGGCUUGCAGUGUCCCUGCUCAGCUUCCCUCCCUGUCUCCUCUAAGGCUCCAUCUGAAGGGCUAAUGAGAUGAGAAUGGCGCUCAACCGUCAAGUGGAAACAGUUGGCCUUCAAGCCCCUCCCUCGGUGGCUGUAAAGCGUUGCUACUCAAAGUGUGGUCCGUGGGCCAGCAGCAUCCGCAUCAUCUGGGAGCUUGUUAGAAAUGCAGUCUCAGGCCCCUGCCUCAUCCCCCUAAAUCAGAACCUGCAUUUCAACAAGACUCCCAGGUGAUUCAUGUGCACGUGAAAGGUUGAGAAGCAGUACUUGAGGAGACAUACAAAGCCUGGUUCUCAAAAGGUCAGCUUUGGUGAGUGGCGUCAAUUCCAGGUCACUUACCACAAGCUACCUUGAGACCAAGCAGAUUCCCCCCUUCCCUCCCUCGGGAAAGUGGCAUUAUGCUUAAUUCAUUCAAAUUAAAAUAUUUUGACUAGGUCAUACUUAAAUGACUCAAAAUUUAAGAGGUACAAAAGAACAGAAGUGAAAAGCUUCCCUCCCACCCGUUCCCAGAGGCAACCUGUGUUACCAAUUCCAAGAGGCUCACCUGUCUUGCUGAGGAUCCACUGGGUUACUCACGCCUUCCCUCAGGAAAGGAACUUUUCCUGUCGCCUGCAGUCAGACCAAGUCUCCUCCGUCAGAUGCGAGAGAAUAUACUGGGCUAGGGAGCCGGGUGGCUCGCUUCUCCCUCGGCACUGGCUGAGGAGCCCCAGCGUAAACGCAAGGGGAGGGGUCUAGAACUCAAUCACGGUUGUUGGAACCAGCUGGCAGCCCAGGCCUGCAGUGCUGCCCGUCACCCAGCAAGCCUGGGUGCUGUGUGAGCUCCUGCCCUGACUCUAGGGGGCACCCUCUCUGGGAGAGCUCGGGUUCUCUGCAGAGCGGCGAGUAAACAUCCUUCCACUGGGGCCUCUGGACAAGAGGGUUGGAGAGGCGGAAAGGUCUCUGGCGAGGCUGGCCUCUGGGGCACAGGGGCAUGAUCCCCAUAACAGGACCCCUUCUAGAUCAAGCAGCUCCUCCCUUGGGCUGCCAGGUCACCUGUCAGCAAGCCCAACCUGCUGUUUGAAGAGAAAGUGAAAAAUCCAGGUGAUUUGCUGUGGUGUUUCACUUCCUCUCUAAGGCUAAAUAACCCUUGGAUCUGAUAACACAGCACGUUACUUAUAUGUUUGGGAGUAAAAAGGGCAGGGGUCACGGCCGCUCAGGAGUUGGUCUGGUUUCUUUAACCUGCUUUUGGAAUCGCUUGGCAGCAGCCGUAACACGUGAGGACAGUUGAGCUAUUUGUUUUAAACUGGAAUGGAAAUGUCUCCCUACAGCUAUUCCUUCAGUCAGUAAAUAUUUACUGAGUACCUAUUGUGUCAGGUGUUGGACUAAAUGCUGGUGACACAGUGGCGAGCAGCACAGAAACGGUCCCUGCCCAGGUGCUCAGAGUCUAGGGGUCACACAUCAAUCACAAACGGGAUGGGGUGCUUUGAGAGUCCUCAGUGAGGAGUGGCCAGUUUUCCACAAGGAAGUGACACACAAGUUGAAGUCAGAAAGGUUAGUAGCAGUCUAACUAGGUGAUGGGGGAAGCAUCCAGGUCAGGGAACCACAUGUAGAAAAGACGUGAGAACGAGCAACUGAGGAACUGGAAUGCAGACGGUGUCACUGGAGCAGCUUCUGUGAGCCUUUCAUCAAGUUGACGUUAAUUUUAAGGGUUGCCCCCUUAAACUUACUGCCAUGAAAGACUUAACCUAAUUGUUUCUUCAAGUCCAGCAAAGCUUUCCAGGUGGCCUCUCCCCUACAUGUCAGAGGCCCCAUGCUCAGGAAGCCGGACUGGCCAGUGACCCCCAUCAAAGCUUCUGAAUGGUGUCACACACAGCCAGUUCCCAUGCUUUUGCACGGCAUCACCCCUGCCCGCGUUUUUGCAUAAACUUGGUGAAUGAGUGGGAGGCUCAUUAAUCUUACAGAAACUGGCUUUGAAGUGGGAAGAAGAGAAGCAGGAAUUUGGGCACUUUCCAAACUUGGGAAAGCCCCUUUCCCUGGGUUCACCUCAUCAGGAAGAUGAUCAUGCCAGUCUCUCAAGAUGUUUCCAUGCUGACAUUUCAGUAUCACAAGAAUUGUCUAUGCUUAUGUUCAAGCCCUGGCCUAAAGCCGUCUACCUAUUCCAUGCCUUUGGAGUACCAUGAUGCUGGCCAAUGGGAAAGUUUUAAAUUGGGUGCUAUUAAUGUGACAUCAUAGGGACCAGCCACUGAAAGAGCAAAGUGCAGGCUUCCUGGUGGCACAGUGAUUGAGAAUCCACCUGCCAGUGCAGGGGACACAGGUUCGAGCCCUGGUCUGAGAAGAUCCCACAUGCCCCGGAGCAACUGGGCCUGUGUGCCACAACUAUUGAGCCUGAGCUCUGAAGCCCGUGAGCCACAGCAACUGAGGCCCGCGCACCUAGAGCCUGUGCUCUGCAACAGGAGAGGCCACCACAAUGAGAGGCCUGCGCAACGUGGCGAAGAGUGGCCCUUGCUCGCUGCAACUAGAGAAAAACCCGCGUGCAGCAACGAAGACCCAGUGCAGCCAAAAAUAAAUUUAU